AUGAAGACUGAAAGUGCCGAACGAUGGCCGAGGAACCAUGUUGAACCCGAGUUGACGGAUCGGGGUCCAAGGCUGGAGGACAUGUGCUCAUGCAAUUGCCAUGCCAUGAACUCCCUCGUGAUGAUCACAGAGGUUAACAUCGGCUGGGGAGGUGGCAGAUGUCAGAGAGACCGCCACCAAUUUCCUCCAACACGGCUGAGAAUGUACUUCGUAAGCGCUGUGAUCCUAUCGGACGCCAAAGGUAUUGCGAUCCGUACGCUUCGAAUGGCGAAUGGGGCAGACAAUCAAUACCUUUACAAAGUCCACGAAGGGCAUGGUGAUUUGUUGGUGUCCGGUGAGGCCUUUGUGUUCCGGGCGAUGGAGAGGGCAAGCUCGCAGACACUCGGGCGGGACGACAUGGUGUACGGAGUUAAAGUCGGGAGCAGCCGAUAUAUGAGACGAAUCGAUGGUAAUAUCAAGCCGACACUCAUCGUCGCAACUCCAGGUAGAAGCAGCUCGCUCUGCCAUGCCUGCUGUCGGUCUUCACCCUGGAACGGGACGCGCUAUCAGACGCCUCAUUUCCUCUUCGCCGGCAUUUCUGCUACAUGGGCCUGCUCUGCCGUUCGACUCGCUUCGACUCGCCCUUCAGCCUGGCGGAUGGAUAAUAUCUGUGGUAUUUCGAAUAAACCCCCCCCGUUGUUCCUGGAGGACUGUCACCACGUUAUCGGCAUCACCCUCCUUCUCGAGGACGAUAGCAUCCAGAAGCGUCAUACCACUACGGUACAGCCGGCUCGGGUGAGAGUAGGUAAAGGCGCCGGGCAGUCCCGUCCUGGAUUCCAUUAUUGGGCUGGUGCUGCAGCUGUCACUGGCGUCGACGCCGCCAGCCUCCCUUUCCACGUAUUACCUCGACUCGUCGAGUCACUUGACUCCAGGAACCAAGAAACUUUUGAUUCGCGGAGGUCGCCAUCGCAUGGCAUGGGCUUCGUGGGGAAAGCUCCGGGUGUAACCAAUCCCGAGCACUGA